AUGAUUUUACGGCAUCUUCAAUCGGCGGUCGCCCAUCGACCUGCCCGGCGAAGGAACGCCAACGCGGUCUGCAACUACGCCGUCGCCGAAGGCGAACCCGACGUCGCACAGCUGGGACAUUACAAAAUAAUUGGUUGGGUCUCUUUGCAACAAUUCAUCGCCACGUUUGCCCGCCCAGAGCACAUCGGCCCAGGCGCGCCACCCGCCGCCGCGUGUCUCGCCGGCCCUGUGAGCGCCGCGGGGGAUGGCAAUGAUGCCCCACCGCGCGGGGCGACAGGCUAUACGAGGGCCCCCUCUGCCGCGCCCUCGUCGUCGGGGGCCGGGGCUCCUUUUCGCAAUCCGUUCGGCGGGGACGGGUGUGCUCUACGACGGCGCCCGGCGCGUGGGCCAGCGACUUAG